AAAUUAGAAUCCUCACUGACCCAUUAACAUGUCUCUCCGUGCAGGGCUGUCACAAGCAGGCGUGCGGUGAGGCAGUGUUCAGCAGAAGAGGAGUCAGUUGUCAUUCUCUCCCUCGAACCCUGCCUGUGUGGCUCUUGGGUGAGGAGCUGAUGCCAGAUGACUCUGGGUGUCACAUCCAACCUGCAAGGUUAUUGUGUGGAAUUGGUUUGACGCGUGCUGUUAGCGUGCUACAAUGUCAAUGUGGCGGCGGCGGUUGGGGGAGUGAAGUGCCCCCUGGGUUCUGGUCUUCGGGGAGUUGAGGACUGGUGCUGUGCUUCUGGGGAUCUCUCCAACCUAAGAGCUCUAGCAAGUGCAAACGUUUUGAACCCUGGCUGUGUUCACAACCAUGGAAAACUUCAUGGCACCACUGAGCACGGUCAGCGAGCUUGCACUUCAGCAGAGCAAGGCUAAGUUCCUCCAUGGCAAGGUGAGCGGUCCCCCCCGGCGCAAGCGGGAGUUCAUGCCGGAUGAAAAGAAGGACAACAUGUACUGGGAGAAGAGGCGCAAGAAUAACGAGGCAGCCAAGCGCUCACGGGAGAAGAGGCGCCUCAAUGACUUUGCCAUGGAGAGCCAGCUGGCUGCUCUCAGCGAGGAGAACGCCAUCCUCAGGACAGAGCUGCUGUCCCUGAAGCUGCGCUUUGGGCUCAUCAGCCCAGACACCAGCAUCUACCCAGGCCAUUCCCUCCAGGACUUCCUGGGAGUUUAUUUCAGAGGGCACAGAGAAGCCUCCCCACUUCUCGAGGCAGAGCCCUUUGUGGGGGAGUCCUGCUUCUUCACAAAGACAUUUGUGCCAAAGGUGCUGGAGCCAGCUGACUCGUCCUGCAAAACCUUUGGCCCUUCCAGAAACAUCCUUGGCUGUGACUCAAAACCAGCUGCCAUAGACACACCUGGCCUUCAGCAGCCCAAGAGAUCCACAGUUUGCUCUCCGUUCCUCAAUUACCACUGCCCAGACAAAUAUGCUUUCCAUUUGCAGGAAAUGGAGCCAGGCAGUGCCUGCUUCUUGUGCCCUUCCCCCAGUCCAGCUGAGGUGAGCAAAGAAAGCAGCACAACUGUCUCAGAUGAAGAUGAUGAGCAGCAAGUACCCAAAACUUCUUCUCUACCCCCAUGCAGUCUGCUCUGCCCUUCAGAAGAUCAUUUGAAGGGCCGAAGCUCUGCUGCCCUACCUCACAAGCUCCGAAUUAAGACCAAAGCCCUCAGCAGCUUGGAGGAGAGUAGCCUGGACUCACACUGAGCGGGCAGAGGAAAAGCCCGCUGGGGCCAGUGCAAGACCUUCCAAAGACAUGAAGGGUUUGGAAGGAGGGUGUGGGAGGGAAACGUCUUACGCUUCAAAGAGUGAGGUCAUUUUCCCCGCUUUGCAUAAAUGAUAAGGGAUUUUUGCGAAUGAUAUUUCUGUAUUUGGAAAUUGCCUUUGUAAAACAUUCUCUGACCUUUAGCCGGGUUGGCUGAACCAUUUCCUUUUUUUGAAAUGAAUUACUUAUAAAAUAUAUAAAAUAAGGCAAAAAGACAAUUUAUACCAAAAUUGUUAACUGGGUAGAAAGCAUUUCAAUAUUUUGGAUUUUUAAAAAUGAUUUAAGAAUUAUUUUACCAGUUUUAAGUGCAAGUGAGCAACUCAGUUAACAUCUGGCUGCUUAUAUUAAUCAAGGUAAAUCUCAACUGGCCCAGUGCUGGACUUGCACUGGAGAAACUCAUUUUUCUUUUCUACCUUACUGUGCAAGCUGAAGACGCUGAACCGGACACCUAGCACUGAAGGUUUCUGUUGAGUUUCAGUGCCUGGCACAUUUGCAGCACUCAGAAAUAAUAGAAGAAUAUAAUACUCACAACUGCUGUCACAGAGGGUGCAGCAUCACUGGAUGGAACAGAACGGGCUGUUCCAUAGGUGUUCCCUAGUUGUUCCACAUUCUGCAGGUGUGUUCCCUUUAUGGAUAUAACGCUACCAGCUUGCUUGCCUCCCAGGGCUCCACAUGAGUGUCAGUUGGGCUAUGGGAAAUGCUCCCUUCCGUCUGAAUUUGUACAGUGAGAUGUGUUGGGAAGCUUCAGCAAAGCAUCACUGGAAACCUGCGCCCAGGCUGGGCAAGCUGUUCCUUGUUUUUCAUGUGGCGCUUCUGUUCCAUCCCCAAGCAUUCAAAGAAUAUCCGUGCUAAGCAAUUUCUAGCAUCAUCUCCACAUCGCUUCUAGCUGUUCCUGGUGACAGGGGCCCUGUGUCUCAGGAGACAGGCUCUUUUCCAGACCUCCAGACUUUGUUUGAUUUUCUCUAAUGCAUUUGAGUUCAACCUCUUUCCCCUUUUAAAGCAUUUUUGCUUCCUUUUACCUAUCCGCACGCUGCACAUAGUGUAUGUAUUCCCUGGGGUAUCUGCUGGCACACUUUCCCUAUCCAUCCUGCAUUCUGACUGCUUAUUCUUUGGGAAAGCCAGCACUGCAGCCAUAGCAGUGAGUGUGGAGUGGGUGCGAUGCAGCUGGAGAACUUUAGCCCAGCCAGCCACAUAGCUCGGGGCUCAGCAGAAGCCAGGAGGUGGCUUGAGCUACAUUGAGCUGAAAGCCAGCUGAGCCUCAGUGAGCAGCAGCCUUGUGGCGAUCUCUAAAGCACACUGAAUGCUGUUCCUCAGUUACCUCAGUUUACAAACCAAGGAUAGUUCUCAGAGAUGGAUUCCAGGUAUAUUUUCCUGUCCUCAGUUCUCCUUUCAUGUUUUGUCUUUUUUCCUGGGAAAAGAGGCUAAUGCUGUUCCCAUGUUUCUGUGUCUGUCAGCCCUAAACAUUUUUUUGACAUGUUGGACAAAUACAGUCCAAUCUGAUGGGAGAUCUCUCAAAGAGAACAAGCAACUUCAAAUUGUUCUCUUCUCCCCCAGCCAUCCAUUUUCGUGCAAUCUACCAUGUUCUUACUGAUAGAAAAAGUGCAUUGCCUGCUCAGCCCUACUGGAAACCAGAGAUGUCACUGGGAGCUCAGCCUCCUAGCUCAGAUGCCUGGGAGUCUCCACUUCACCACAUCUGCUGCCCACAGGACUACCCUGUUCCUUUUUGUGUUAUACUGUUCUCACUAAAAAUUUCAGGCUCUGGAGAAUAAGGACAAUUGUCAAGAGUAUUUUUCUAGAAAUCAUUUUAUAGCUAAUAAAGAAAUGCACUGAUAAUAAGACUGUGUAAAAGGACAAACCAUGCUACCUGACAUGGGAUGUAAUAAACCCUCAAAAUGGUUUGGAAAAGAGGGCCCUUAAUGGAAACUGUACAUAAAGUCAUCUGAACCGUGGAGCUAUAUCAACAUGUUGUGCCUAAUAAAAUUCUGUUUCCAGAUGCUG